CCAGGGACCAGCGAGCUACCUGGAGAGACUCUGGCUCUUGCUUUUUAGAGAAUCCGAGGGAGCCAUGGCCCAGGAGCAGUUACGCAGGGAGUCAGUCACCGACCACCCGGACCGCCUGUGGAUCUGGGAGAAGUUCGUGUAUUUGGAUGAGAACCAGCGCACCUGGCUGCCCUUAGUCAUCAAGGUACAGCCCGCUUUGGAGCGGAUGGUGUUCUUUCGUCAGGAAGUCACCCUCCUGGGGAAGCCUAUGACCCCUACCCAGAUAGGCCCAAGCCUGCUGCCUCUCAUGUGGCAGCUCUACCCUGACGGACGAUACCGAUCCUCAGACUCCGGUUUCUGGCGCAUAGUGUACCACGUCAAGAUUGAAGGCCUGGAGGACAUGCUUCUCGAGCAGCUGCCAGAUGACUGA